CGUUCCAUAAAAGUCGCAUUUGGCAACCCCUGUGUUCUGUCGAACCGAGUUGCGUCGCCUCCCAGGUCGUUGUGAUUUCGGGACUCAUACCCGCACGAACCCCACAGCAGUCAGAGCAGACUGUCAAGAUGAUUAUUCCUGUUCGGUGCUUCACCUGCGGCAAGGUGAUUGGAAACAAAUGGGAUACAUAUCUCGACCUUUUGCAGGCCGAUUAUUCUGAAGGAGAUGCUCUGGACGCCUUGGCUCUUGUCCGCUACUGCUGCCGGCGCAUGCUGAUGACCCAUGUCGACCUUAUCGAGAAGCUUCUGAACUACAACACUUUGGAGAGGAACGAGAACACCAAUAACUGAAACCCAUUACAAUCUGCGCCAACAUCAUGGAAGUGUCAAUGGACAAUGGAUAGCAUGUUUAAUUUUCUGGAAAACUGGCCGAAACUCUUCACAGGAGGUUUUGAUAGGGAUGAGAGGCGGCUCUUUUCAUUCAGGCUACGAACCAUGGUCGUAAGGAUAUAUGAUAAUAUGAAAUGUAGAUGUCUUGCACUAAAUCAGUCAAAAGCUAUUUUGUAGAAUCAUUAACCAGUCACAAUGCGGCAUUCCGACUAUGUCAAAUGUCCUCAACCUUAAUCGCCGUAAAAUUGCUAUGCAGGCAGUCUGUAUUCUUACGAUUUUGAAUUCGACUCUACACCGUGGAUGAACUCUUGAUUCGGCAGUUCGUAACAA